AUGGAUCCCCGACAGCAUGGACAGAAUCAGCAGCUCCAGCCUCAGAUGAGUUCCCAGCAGCACAACAGGUUCUCAUGGCAACAACCUCUCGAGGAUGAGGCCCCGGCCUAUACACAGCCGCAACAGCAAGCACCACAGCAUCAGCCUCAGCAGUAUCAUCAACCUCAGCAAUACCAGCAGCCGGCACAGCCUCAGCAGCCUCAGCAACCUCAGCGGCCUCAGCAACCUCAAGUCAACACAGAUUCAUCACGGCACUUCUCGUAUGCGCAGACACCCGCAGAAAUGCGUGCUUUCGUAUACACAUCUUCGCCGAAUGAUCCGCCCAUGCCACAUUCCAUGCCCAUCUCCCUACCAACAUCGCCAGUGGGAUACACGCCGAUCGACCCUCGCCCCCAAUCGAUGCUUGACGCGCAGCUCCCGAUCAUUCCGCCCCAAUCGCAAACAGCUUACAUGCCGCCGUCUUAUGCGCAUGACGUUAAACCCCCCGUCUCGCCCAACUCGCCUCAGCAUGCUCCGCAAGCGCAACACUUUUCCCCAGUUUCGCCAAUACCACAACCAGAACCUGUUCAUCAGAUACCCCAGGUCGAGACUCAGCAGAGCAGGCACGCUCGGCAGAUGAGCAACCUGUCACCCAUCAAUACGAAUAUCCGGACGUAUGCCAUGCCGCCCAUCCCUCCUACGCCCCCGUCGGGCACACAUCAAACCUCGCCGCUACCACACAAGACACCGAUGACGCCCAUCUCCGCCAACUCGAUGCACAAAGAACAGCCGCGAGAUGUUCCAACCUCCCCCACGCUCCGAACCUCGCCGUAUCCGAACGAGCCCUAUUCACCACACGGUUUCUCGAACCAGAACAGCAACUUCCACGCCGUAUUCUCCCCAGACGCCGCACACGGCCCCAACGGCCUCGAUUUUGCUGCACACCAGCCAGGCCAGAUAUCGCACCCAAACAUGGAGCUAGAGAAAUCACACGAAUGGUCAAACGGCAUCUGCGCAUGCAGCCCCGACCCUUCCACCUGCCUUACAGGUCUGUUCUGCCCUUGCAUCUUGUACGGCCGCACUUCAUACCGCCUGUCCCAGAAAUCCGCGAAGAAAGAUCCCACGGAUAUGCUUGGUCACAGCUCCACGAAUGGACACUGCAUGGUCAUGGGCCUUUCCUGUGGACUGUGGUGGCUAUUCCCUAUGCUUCAACGGACACGCAUUCGGCGGGCGUAUAAACUUGAAGGCAGUUUUGGGAGCGAUCUGCUCAAGGGAUGUUGCUGCUGUUGCUGCGUCACUGUGCAGAACGAGAGGGAGGUCAAGCACAGAGAGGAGGUUAGUAGACGGUGGGCUGGGCCGGCGAGCACAGACGCUUAUACGAGGACGGGAGGUAUGGUGUACAAACCACAGCAAUAG